GCACGUCAUUUUGUCGUUGUUUCUACGCUAUAUUUAUCUCCUCUUCCUCCUCCCUACGAUUAUCGAACUCCAACCGCUGCUUUUCUACACAAAUCACAGAAAUCGGAGCAAAUCCAGCUACAAUCGGAGCAAGAUGUCGUGGCAAACUUACGUCGAUGACCAUUUGAUGUGCGAGAUCGAAGGCAAUCAUCUCUCCUCCGCCGCCAUCAUCGGACACGACGGCAGCAUCUGGGCCCAAUCAGCCACCUUCCCUCAGGUCAAGCCUGAGGAAAUAACUGCUAUUAUGAAUGACUUCAAUGAACCUGGCUCACUUGCUCCAACUGGCUUACAUCUUGGUGGGACUAAGUACAUGGUUAUUCAAGGCGAGGCAGGAGCUGUGAUUCGAGGGAAAAAGGGACCUGGAGGUGUUACUAUUAAAAAGACGGCAAUGUCUAUUAUCAUUGGUCUCUAUGAUGAACCCAUGGCUCCAGGCCAAUGCAACAUGAUUGUCGAAAGGCUUGGUGACUAUCUCCUGGAACAGGGUUUUUAAUACGCAUUCGGAAGAAAUGAUACAGUAAUAGUAAUUAAAGUUGUGGAAAGCUCCUGGAGUUGUAAACCAGGUGGCAAAUGGUGCUUGAUAACAGAUAUAAACGAUUCUGAAUGAAUUCCCCUUGUGGUGUUAUCCUCUCAUCUUGAUCAAGUGUGAUGGAUACUUGUUUACUUUGUUUCUGGAGUGGUAUUUCUUGGAUAUGUUUUUGAUUGGUUUUGGAUUAAUAUCAUUACUUACACCUCUCUCUCUCUUUUUUCUC